AUGCAUCACAAAAGAGUAGAAGAUCAUGAUGAUAACAACAAAACCAUACGAAAACCAAUAAAGUAUCUUGGAGUAAGACAAAGGCCAUCAGGAAGAUGGGUAUCGGAGAUCAAAGACUCAACAAGAAACCUUAGGUUAUGGCUAGGCACGUACAAUGGACCCGAAGAAGCAGCCAUGGCUUACGAUAGCGUUGCACGCAUUUUACGUGGUAGGAAUGCAAAGACAAACUUUAGAUAUAACCGUCUCAUCACUAGCCAAGAAGAAAUCUCCAAUUUAAUUCAGAGAAACCCCAAACUCUAUCAUUUCCUUAAGCAUGCCACCAUGAAAAAAACCAUCUCAUCAUCUCAAAACAAUACUACGCAAUUAGUUGAAGAAACCUUAGCUUGUUCUUCAUACUAUGAGGAUGGAUUUAAGGUUGCUUUCAACCCUCAAAAUGAAGACGGGGCAUUAUUGAAGCUUAAAUCAUCAAAUGGGAGCUGUUGUAAGGUUUAUUCUUCUGUUUAUGUAGCUCCUUCUUUUAACGAAUCCAAAAAAUAG